AUGUCCACCAACGGAAUAACCAUCAUCUUCUCCCCCUACCACGUCGGUCUCCGCGACCAUCGCGUCGGCAAUGGGCCGCACCGACUCCGCUCCAUCGGCCUCAUCCAAGAGCUCGAAAAGCUGGGCAUAAACAUCACCAUCACCGAAAUCGACCGAGUCGAUACCUUCGAAGGCGAGAUCGGUCGCAGCUUUGAGAUCCUCCGCCGCACCUCCAAAGCCGUCACGGAUGCCGUGAACAACAACACGUUCCCGCUCAUCUUAUCGGGGAACUGCAUGGCCAGCGCGGCCGUCGCAUGCGGUCUACAAAUCCGCGAUCUGGCAUUCAUCUACUUCGACGCCCACGACGAUCUCGAUUCCCCCAAUGUCAACGAGAACGGGUACUUCGACGCCAUGGGCCUCUCCAUGCUACGCGGGGAGAGCUGGCACACGCUCAUGAACACCGUCCCUGGGUUCGAGCCUUUCGAUUACUCUCGUUUCCUGUACUGCGGGCUACGCGACCAAUCUGAGGUUCAGCGACAGCGGGUUGUCGAUGCGGGGAUGGUUUCGAUUUGGGGCGAUGCGGCGAAGAAGGUGGACUUUCGGCGCGAGUUGGAGGCGGAGUUGCAGAGACGCUCGUAUAGUCCUGCUCUUGUGCAUCUUGAUCUGGACGUCUUGGAUGAGUCGUACGGCAAGGUGAAUGAUUAUCCUUCGCCCGGUGGAUUGACGGAAUCGGAUUUGGUCGAAUGCAUGGGUUUGGUGCCGAAGAAGUCGACGCCAAAGUCGCUGACCGUCUGCUCAUUUGAUCCGGAUGCCGGGGAUGGAGAUAAGAUUGCUAAGAUAGGGACCCGGGCCAUUAUGUCGUUUGUGCAGUCUUUGUUGGAUACUGGGGUUUUGUCUAGGAAGUAG